AUGGGUCGUCCGAAACGUCAAUCGCUCAGGAGGCGCAAACUGAGGUUGACAAGCAACCGUUGUUUUUGUCGUGCUACGUAUCACUCGACAAGUAGGUACGUGGAUCAAGUUGAGGUACACCAACAAGAAGUGUUGAAUUUUAUGUUGGAUUCCGGAUUACAUGACGACUUCAAGGACACAGAUUUGUUAAUUACGGACGAGGUUGAGGAAUUAAUUGGACGUAUUCGAAUGAUUUUUGAAACAAUUCGACCGACGACAAGUGUAACAAAUCGGAUGCCGCGUCCGGAGUGUGGGGCUUCUGCGGGUACCGCUAUAACAUUGCCCAAAAUUGAGUUGCCAAAAUUUGAUGGGGACGUAGUCCAAUGGUGCUCAUUUCGUGAUAUGUUUUGUUCACUUGUGCAUGACAAUCAGUCAAUUUCGGACAUUGAGCGAUUUCAUUUUUUAAAAUCAUGUUUAUCAGGUCCUGCGUUAGCCGUUAUCAAGUCCAUUCCGUUAACGGCCAAUAAUUACAAUAUCGCGUGGAAUGCUCUUCAAAAAUCGUUUGAAAAUAAUCGAUUAUUAGCGACGGCGCAUAUCGAUCGAUUGUUCGCGUUCUCGCCUCUCAAGAAGGAGUCUACGGCGGCACUCGCUACGUUUGUCAAUACGUUUCGCGAGAACGUCGCCGCUAUCAAGGCGUUAGGUAUCGAUGAUAUUUCUGGUUUUCUAUUAUUUUAUAUUGGCGCGCGGGUGCUUGACGUUGAAACCAGAAGACUAUACGAAGCUAGUAUACCACAGACGGAAAUGCCGUCAUUGGAUAGCCUUUUGGAUUUUGUUUCUCGACGGUGCAAGAUAUUAGAAAACAUCGGAACUACUGCGGAUAAAGUAGAACAAAAUGUCAAGGUUGCGGCUAAAAAGAGCAAGGGUGGUACACCCGGGAAAUAUUCAUUAACUACGACUUCGAGUGGCGUAAAAUGCAUUUUUUGUGAACAGGAUCACCCACUUUAUCGUUGUGGAGCAUUUAAACAAAAAUCGGUCGCUGCAAGAAGGAAGUUUGUCAGCGGUAAUGGUGUGUGCUUCAUAUGCCUAAAGUCAGGACACGCAGCGAAAGCAUGUACGUCAACAUUUAAGUGCCGGAGUUGUGGUGGCAAACACAGCACAUUGUUACAUAUAGACUACGCGAAGCCAGCGUCGGUAGUAUCGUACGGAGACGCCGAAUGUUCGACAGAGGGAGCGGAGUCGACGGAAAAAAGAACAACUGCAACGGAAAAUCAGGUCAAGUUUUCGGGAACUGUGCGUACUGAAGCCACUGUUAUUUUAGGUACAGCUAUUGUGCGCGUUCGGGACAACGUGGGAAAAUUACAAACGGUACGCGUCCUUUUAGACAGUGGUUCCCAAAUUUCGGCGAUCACUUCACAAUGUGCUACUCGUCUUGGUUUGAGGCAUAUUAAGAGCAGAAUAGAGGUGACAGGUCUCUCUCAACAACGAGUAACUAAAGUGAAAGGUGUCACACAAUGCCAAUUUAUUCCGCUUCACGCGGAGGGUCCGCAAUUUGGUGCUACUAGCGUCGUCAUUCUGACGCAUAUCACUAUGCAGUUACCUAGUGAUAGAAUACCUUCGGCGGUGCGUGAGCGGUAUCACCACCUGUUGCUGGCCGAUCCGGAGUUCGAUGUACCGGGACCAAUCGAUAUGUUGUUAGGAAGCGACUUGUAUCCACAUUUGUUACAAUCAAAGGCCGAUAUCAUUCACAGUACGGGUCUGCCGUCAGCCAUGAACACUCAUCUUGGAUGGAUUGUGGUAGGAGCAUUAAAUGAAAUUUCAGCGUCGCCCAUGGUGUCAUUAUCAGCAGUAUCGACGCCAGAAAUCGGAAGAUUAAUACAAAAAUUUUGGUCUGUGGAGGAACCAGAUGUGCCGGACAUUUUGUCAACGGAAGACGAACGAUGUGAGGCAUGGUUCCGUAAAUCGACAAUUAGAGACGCAUCCGGACGGUUUGUAGUGUCCUUACCGUUUCAGUCGUCGGUGCGCGCUCUAACAGAGAUGUCAACGAGUCAGACGGCGGUAGUUCAAGGCGGGAGCCCGGAAGAUUUAGGUGCAUCGCGCGCACUAGCAUUAAAUCGUCUUUACAAUCUCGAGCGACGCUUGGCAAAAGAUUCGGAACUGUAUACAGCAUAUCGGAAAUUUAUGGAUGACUAUUUAAAUUUAGGUCAUAUGAAAUUGGCAUCGGUGCCAGGAAAAUAUUUUAUACCACACCAUGCUGUGGUCAAGCACGAAGAAAAGGGACUUAAGAUUCGAGUUGUCUUCGACGCAUCGGCGAAGUCGACAUCGGGAAAAUCAUUAAACGAUUGUCUAUGUACGGGGCCGAAAUUACAGACUGAGAUCAGCGAUGUUCUACUUCGUAGCCGAUUCUACAAAUACGUGUUCGUAGCUGAUAUCGCGAAAAUGUAUCGGCAGAUCAGAGUACGUGAUGAGGAUUGUGUCUAUCAACACAUCCUGUGGCGUAGGUCACCGGAGGAUGAGGUGCAGGAGUAUCAAUUGCGAACCGUCACUUAUGGCGUGAACUCAGCGCCAUAUCUUGCACUGCGAUGCCUGCGUCAAUUGGACUUUGAAGAUGGUGCGAAAUUUCCCCAGGCGAAGGGCCUGUUAAUCAAUAAUACAUAUGUUGAUGACAUAAUCGCUGGCGCCGAUACCGUAGAUGGCCUAUUGGCCGUACAGAAAGACCUAAUUAAUUUAUUACAGCGAGGUCAACUUGAAUUAAAAAAGUGGGCAAGUAACUGCGAUGCCGUGCUGAGGUGUAUUCCGGUCGAGGAUCAGGCUGUAGAACCAACGUUCACACCAACGGAAGAUGCGAACUUGAAGGUGCUUGGAGUCCAUUGGGAUCCUACCUCCGAUACCUUUGGAUAUCAUGGAGCCACCAGCGAGAGAUCGACUACCAAGAGGGUUGUGUUAUCUACGAUCGCACGACUGUACGAUCCAAUUGGUGUCUUAGGUCCGGUUUUGCUGUGGGCUAAAGGAUUCAUGCAAGAGCUAUGGCUCGAGAAGAUUGGAUGGGAUUCGCCGGUACCUACUUCGUUGGUGAACAAGUGGCUGCAGUUCCUGGACGAGUUACCAUCGUUGUCACACGUAUCUUUACCGCGUCAUAUUGAUGUCCGCCAUGCAAAAGAAGUGCAGAUGGUGGGCUUCGCCGAUGCAUCACAAUGUGGAUAUGCAGCCAUAGUAUUUUUACGGAUAGCUGACAAUUUGGGUCACUUCCAUGUUUAUUUUAUCACGUGCAAAACCAAGAUAGCACCGUUGAAAUCAUCACAAACGGAUACUUCGUUGACAAUUCCUAGGCUCGAAUUAUGCGCGGCUCUACUUCUGGCCAAACUUUUGUCACACCAUUUUGAAGUUUUAAAUAACAUAAUACCCAUUAACAAGGUCAAGGCGUGGACAGACUCCACAGUCGUUUUAGCGUGGCUUACGCGGGAACAGAAGCAAUUUAAGAUUUUCGUGACCAACCGUGUGGCCAAGAUACGAGCACUGGUGCCCAAUUGUGAAUGGGCUCACGUGAGGACGAACGAAAAUCCGGCUGACCCGGCUUCCAGAGGUAUGCUUCCGAGAGAACUGCUGUCAUGUUCCAAGCACUUAUCAGGACCAGAUUUUCUACGUCAGGAUGAAGUUCAAUGGCCGGCGUUGCCGUCUGUGGAAGUUAUGGCAUCAUUAAAUUUACCGGAAGUAAAAAAUUCGGUUCAAUGUGCAUUGCAUACCCUCGAGGAGGAGGUUCCUUGGAUAGAACGCUUUUCCUCUAUAUCUCGGAUGCAGCGUGUUGUUGGAUACUGUCUUCGAUUUAUUAAUCGAGCGCGAGGGCGUUCUAUGUUGUCAGGACCUAUUUCAUUUGCAGAACAAUAUCAGGCUUUGUAUCGAGUAAUCAAAUAUACCCAAAAAAUGUAUUAUUCUGACUUAUACAAGCAAAUCAAAGGUCAUCGAAUAAUUGUACCCGUAGCCUUAGCUCAGUUGGCUCCUUUUGUGGACCAUGCCGGGUUGAUUCGAGUCGGAGGACGCCUAAAGAAUUCUGCACUUGACGACGGCGCGAAACACCCUAUAUUGUUACCACAACGGUGCCAUUUCACGGAGUUGAUUGUUCGGCAUUAUCAUCAGCUAUUGUUACACGGUGGAGCGAGACUGGUACUGUCAAUGAUUAGUCGACGAUAUUGGAUUAUGUCAGGUCGGGCUGCUGUACGUCGAGCAGUACAUUCAUGUGUUCCAUGUUCAAAAUAUCGAGCCACUACUCCUAUACCUUUCAUGGCGGACUUACCUGUUUUCAGAGUCACCGCAAUUCGGCCAUUUUAUAAUGUAGGUAUGGACUACGGAGGUCCAUUCGUUGUGAAGGAGAGUCGCCGGCGUGGGGCCCGGACCCACAAGGCGUAUUUGGCUUUGUUCAUUUGUAUGGCAGUAAAAGCCGUACACUUAGAAAUUGUGACUGAUUUGUCUACUGAAUCUUUUAUUGCGGCAUUGGACCGUUUCACUUCACGCCGUGGAAUCCCAGCCAAUAUUUACACGGAUUGCGGGACGAACUAUGUUGGUGCAGCGAAGCAGAUUAAGGCCUUGCUUCAAACGGAUGAUGCACGUCAGGCCGUCUCUUCUCGGGUUCAAUGUGAAUGGCACUUUAACCCUCCGGCCGCGCCCCAUUUUGGUGGGAUAUGGGAGGCCGCAAUCAAGAGCACCAAGACACAUCUUAAGAAGGUCGUGGGAGCCCAAGUCUAUACCUUCGAGGAGAUGUCUACACUAGUGAUAAGAAUCGAAGGUGUUUUAAAUUCCCGGCCAUUACAACCUCUUUCGAGUGACCCGAAUGAUUUUGUCGCGCUCACUCCGGGACAUUUUUUAAUUGGGCAACCGCUCUUGGCCCUACCUGAAGAAAAUGUCAUUAAUAUUCCGAUCAACCGUUUAAGACGAUGGCAACUAAUUCGUCAGGCACUACAAUCCUUUUGGCGUCGUUGGAGUCGUGAAUAUUUGCAGACAUUACAGGGACGCAAAAAGUGGUUCAAACAAACCGACAACAUAACUGUAGGGGACUUAGUAGCAGUCCAUUCACCUAAUAACCCACCGAUGUCAUGGCAACUUGGACGUAUUGUGGAAGUUCAUCCUGGUCCUGACAAUGUCGUUCGCGUUGUGACUAUUCGAACAGCCGACGGUCUUCUCAAGCGACCAGUUGUCAAGAUCACCAAGCUGCCCAUGUAAGAAGAAGCCGGUGCGUACGGACGUCCCAUAUCCUCUCCCAUGUGAGUAUUCAAUUUGCGUUAGCGGUAACCAUGAUAUUGAUGACCUGCAAUACAAGAAAAUUUGAAAGUUCGUCGCUUUCAAAGGCGGGAGAAUGUUCGGUACCGAUUCUAGCGGCGACAAUAUUUAUUUUUGUCGUGGGUCUUCGCCGAUAAGGCAAAGAAUGUUCGAGAAGAAAACCCCGCUCCCCGCCGCCGUACCAUGCAAAACCGGCUGUCGUCGCAGACAACAAAGGCCUACCGCCUCGGAGGCGAUAGUAUCGUACUAGACAGUUCGCGAACCUGAUCUAUGUUAAGUCUCUCGCCGUACAAGUAAAUCGCGCCGGCCAUUAUAUGAUUGGUGUCGGUGUUGUUGCGAUUUAUGAAUUUUGUGCUAGUUACGCGCCGCGUUGACGUUUAAUGGUAAAUAAAACUCGUUAUUAAGUUCGAGUUCGGUUGUUUGCGGCAUCUAUUUAAAUCCGUGAUUGCAACGAAACGUUUCGCUGUUUUGUUGUAUAAUAUUAAUCGUUCGGAUUUCUUAAAGUGCACGCGGGUGCACGUUAAGAACAACGAACGGGUCAGUGGUCAUCGUGCGCGGGCACGAGUCGAUCAUUUACCUACAAGCACGUCGGAGAUUCGGGCAGCCAUUAGCGUGUAGGUCGCGGGACCUCAGCUAGGCGAACAGACGUCGGUGCGGUAUCCAUUUACAUAUACAUACAUACAUACGCAUUUGGUCAUAUGGACACAAUAUCGUGGAGUAUGGACACUAGACAGUCGAGCGGUCGGCGGUAACCAGAUAACGGUAACGCAGUAUCAUAAUUGAUACGCGAUUAACUUCUUAUAUUAUCACAUUAUCACUUAUUAAUAUUGUAUUGUUUUGAUUGAUAUUAUAUCAACAUUUUGUAUCAUGGCCUCUGAGGCAGUUAUUAUGUUAUUGUAAGUUUAGUUUUUACGGCAUUCAUAUUAUUUAUUAAUUAUUAUUCUCGGUUGACGAGUGGUUAGUUGCCUUUAUAUUAUAUAGUAGGUGGGCGCCUACAUCUCUAUAUUUCAUAUGUGAUCAUUAGUAUUAUUAUUAUUAUUACUUGUAAAUAUUAUCCCUGUUUGUUAUGUUGUGUGAUAUAUCUUUAUAAUACAGUCCACUAAAAUUAUUAUUACCAC